UUUUCCCCUCCCGUUAACUUGACGCCGCUCCGUUCCGUUAAGCUGCUCGCGGUGAUAAGUAACGGACAGGUCAGAGGUGGUUAGAUCCCGUUCGUCGUUAACGAGGACCGACGCUCAGCGGACGUUAACAGGACAGCGCGCGCUCUUUUCGUCCUUAAACGCCGACGUCGUCGCUACAUGCUCGCGCGGUUGUGAGCAGACAAGCAGAAAAGAUGAUGAUCUCCCCGUGGGACCGCUGGUUCUCCACAAGCUGCUGUCUGUGCUGCCAUGUCCGCACAGGAACCAUCAUCCUGGGGGUCUGGUACAUGCUCAUCAAUGCCGUGGUGUUGCUCAUCCUGCUGACAGCGCUCAGCGAUCCUGAGCAGUACCACCUGACCAGCGCUGAGCUGGCUAAUGACCUGGAUGUCAUGGAUGACGCCAACAUGUGCAUCGCCUCCGCCAUCUCUCUGCUGAUGAUACUGAUCUGCGGGAUGGCAACAUAUGGUGCAUACAAGCUGCGCGCCGCCUGGAUCGUCCCGUUUUUCUGCUACCAAAUAUUUGACUUUGCUCUCAACGCCCUGGUGGCUGUCAGCAUCGUGGUUUACCCGAACACCAUACAGGAUUACCUGCAGCAGCUGCCUGAUAACUUCCCCUACAAAGAGGAGAUCGCUGCUCUCAGUAACGUGUGCUUGGUCCUCAUCGUGCUGCUCUUCAUCGGCUCUAUUCUCGGGUUCAAGGCCUACCUGAUGGCGUGUGUGUGGAACUGCUACAGAUAUGUGAGCGGCCGCGGUGCCUCAGAAAUCCUGCUCUAUGUCACGACCAAUGACACCACGGUGCUGCUGCCUCCGUAUGAUGACAGCGUCAGCGUCCCUCUCAAGCAGGCUCCUCCCCCCUACACCACUGCCACAGCAUGAAAACAUUCCCAGCAUCCUGCUGACUGGACCCUGCUGUUAAUAUAACCCCACCCCACCAGCAAGAUUUAUGCACCACACUGCCUCUCCAGUGUACACAGACGACACAGACAUUCCAGUACACCCAUGCAUGCACCGACGCAUAUAAAAUUAUCGUAUGCCCAUGCACACACCUGCCACCACCGUGACCUCUCAUCCCUCCCCGUUAUUUUAUUGGCGAGCUCGUAUUCUCUUCCAUGCAUCCGCUCUGUUUCUGUUUCCAGACGUGAUGUGCAUUUCAAUGCAUUUGAACCUGGGUGCAUAAAGUGUUAGAUUCUAUAUAUUUGUAUUAAUCCUAGUCACGCUGCGUGUACCCGUAAUAGUAUUUUGUGUCCUAUCUUUGAUGGUCAUAUCUAACUUAUGCACAAAUGAUCUUAUUGCCCAGAGUGAUGAGUGAACAGUGGUCGCGUGUUCCCCGUUCAUCUCGUCUCUGCUUGUGAUCAGGGUCGGAUUGCCUUUAUUCAUAACUUUCUCUCUGAUGGGGGGCCAUUUAUGGGGGUGAGCCAUGUGUGAAGUGUCACCUUGACUGGAAGUUGUCCCAAAGAAAUGCACCUGCCUGUAUUCUGACAUGAUCACAAAGCAACCUACUGUAUAUCGAACAUAUCACCUUCUUUUACCGUUUUACCCAACUACAAACCCAUUAGUCUUGUGCUGGUUGACCUUCAUAACAUUUAAAUGUAACCGUGUGUUUCUACUGAUGGACGAGGAAAAUGUAUUCCCGGCUAUUUAUCUAUUUUAAAAGCACAGAAGUAGCGCUGAUCUGGAAUCAGUUUGCUCUAUAAACUUGCUAUGAAUGAGUCGCUCGAGGGAACCCGGGGCAGUGACUCUGGAUCAGGGCCUCUCUGUGUCCAGGAGCUCAGUAAAUACGGGCCCUGGUUGUGUUUUUUCAAUUAAAACCAACGGGAGCUUCUGUUCUGUGUAAACACAAAGUCUGCUCCACCAGAUGAAGCUAUUGGCCGGCUGCUCUCUGGCCAGAAACAUGUUGUGCAAGGACACACAAGUCGAACCCCAGAGCUGCUGCUGUAUGAAAAAUACAAGAUGUGACAUUUAUUUGUGUAUUAAAAGUCUAAUUUCACUGACA